UGGUUCACGAAUCAACGUCAACUGUCAAGUGUGGACGGAUCAGGUCGCCGUCACCAAAGCCGCCUACACACACACACAACAGAAGGAGGCCUCCACCUCCUCCAGGCUUCCCAACAAGGAGCCACCGGCCACCUUCGUCAUGGGCAGCGCGUCGCCGCCUUCGUCGCGCCGGCGGUGGAGCUGGGGCUCGGCGCUGGCCGGCGCGGCGACGACGGCCGCCGCCACGGCGCUGGUGCUGUGCCGGCCGCGGGACCCUCGGUUCGAGCUCAUCUCCAUCAGCCUGUCCGCCUUCCACUUCCGCGCGCCGGCGGCGCUGGACAUCGGCCUCACCCUCACCGUGCACGCCACCAACCCCAACGUCGUGCCGGUCCGCUACGGGGCCUCCACCGUCUCCAUCCUCUACGGCGGCGCGCACCUCGGCACCGCCCGCCUCGACGCCGGCGAGCAGCCCGCCACCUCGUGCCGCCUGCUCCACCUCCCGGCGCGCCUCGACGGCGUCGAGCUCGCGCACCGCGCCCGCGCCAUCCUCUCCGACGUCGCCCGCCGCCACAUGGAGCUCGACGCCGCCGUCGAGAUCGCCGGCGAGGCCGCGGUGCUGCUCUGGUCACGCCCCUUCUCCGUCCGCAUCGACAGCCACAUCACCGUCGACCCCGUCUUCCUGGAAGUGGUCGAGCAGGAGAACCGCUCCGAGAUGCAGCUCUAUCUCGCCUGAAUUUUUACCAACUAGUGUAGAUGGAUGAUGGUGCCCAAAACUCAUCUCUAGUCUUGUCAAAAACCCUAUCGCUUAUUUUGUAAUUUGUGCAAUGCUCAAAAGUCAAAACCUUAUCAUUUGUCUGCACAAUGCAACGCAACAUUCAGAUUCCAAUGCAAUUCAAGCUAAAUUUCACAAA